AUGAUCGGAAGAUCAUUCACUUGGUCGAAUAGACGGAGGGGUGAUGAGUUGAUACAGGAAAGACUGGACCAAUUCCUGGUAGAAGUUGAUUGGCAACAACUUUAUCCCAAUGCAACGGUUCUUAGACUGUUAGAAUCAGGCUUAGAUCACUCCCCUCUUCUCUUAGACUCUAAUCAUGGAGGCGACAUCAUUUCAGAAAUAGAGGACAAACUUAAAAAAGCAUUGCAAAAUGAGGAAUCUUAUUGGAAAGAUAAGUCUAGAGUCAAAUGGCUUAAAUCCGAUGAUCAGAAUACAACUUUCUUCCAUCAUAAAUUUAGAAAUCGAACCCGAAGGAAUAAAAUUUGGCAACUAACUGGCAGUGAUGGUGAAGUGGCUACUUCAAAUGCUGGUAUUGCUUCUGUGGCUGAAUCUUAUUUCAAGGAUAUCUUUUCCUCCACUUGUCAUGAGAACCCUGAACCUCUGUUUACUGAUUUUGAACCUAAGGUUACAGCUCACAUGAACCAUAGGCUUCUAGGACCAGUGACUAUGGAGGAAGUGAAACGUGCAACAUUUAACAUUCAUCCUCAAAGUGCUCCAGGAGAUAAUGGGCAUAUAAGUGCAAUCUCAUCCCAUUCUUUACAGUAUCUAGAUUUAUGCAGGAAUAAGCUACAAGGAAAUGUUCCAAAAUCAAUGUUUAACCUUGUAAACCUCACAGAGUUAUGUUUGUCAAGCAAGUGGAGUGGUUCCCUCUACUUUUCACUUUUCUCCAAGCUUCAAAACCUUAAAGCUCUUUCUCUUUCAGGUUUUAAUUCAUUGUUAUUAGCUUCUGAAACCAAUGUAAGUUACCAGUUCACCAACUUGUUAUCAUUGCAGUUGCUACAGGUUGAUUUAACUAAUAUUUCCAAAAUCUUGUGGAAAUUUCCAAAGUUGCAAACUCUCGUUUUGUCAGAAAACAAACUUGAAGGAAAUGUGCCCAAAUGGAUACAUGAUAUACAUUCAUUAGAGCGUUUGAAACUAUCACAAAACCAAUUGUCAUCAAUAGGCCAAUUCCCAUGGUAUCAACUUAAAUACCUUGAUCUUUUCAAUCUGCUAACCGAUGACAAUAUUUCCUUUAUCUGCAAUGCAACUUCUCUCCAGAUUGUCAACCUGUCACACAAUAAGUUUAAAGAUACCAUUCCACAAUGCCUUGCCAAUUCACCAGAUCUUCAGGAUUUGGAUUUACCGAUGAAUAAAUUUCAUGGUACUUUACCAAGUACAUUUUCAAGGGAUCUCAUUUCAUUAAAUCCCAAUGGGAACCAAUUGGAAGGACAUCUGCCUAGAUCUCUAUCCAACUGCAAAGAUUUGAUAGAUUUGAAUCUUGGCAACAAUCAAAUUGAGGAUACAUUUCCAAACUGGCUUCAAAGUUUACCGUAUUUGGAAAUAUUAGUUUUACAAUCCAAUAAAUUGUAUGGGCCGAUUGUCAGCUUGAAAACUAAAGAUAUGUUUCCCCAUUUACUUAUUUUUGAUAUCUCAUCCAAUCAUUUUAGUGGUCAAUUACCAAAAGUCUACAUAAAAAGUUUUCAAGCUAUGAAGAGUGUUGUUGGAGUGCAAACAAGUUUUUAUUACAUCAAAAGUAGUUAUGUCUUUAUAACAAAGGAAAUUGAGAUAGAAUACCAUGAGUCUAUGACUGCAACAAUGAAAGGGCUUAGAACCAAUUUUGAGAAAAUUCCAGAAUUUCUUGUAAGUAUUGAUUUAUCAAGUAACAGAUUUGAAGGAGAGAUUCCAGAUGAUUUUGGGGAGCUUCAUCGACUCAUAGGCCUCAAUCUUUCUCAUAACAAUCUCAAUGGUCCUGUUCCUCACUCUCUGGGAAAUUUGUCAAACCUCGAAUCAUUGGACCUCUCCUCAAAUAUGCUUACAGGGAAAAUUCCUGAUGAGUUGACCAAUCUGAUCUCUCUUGAAGUCUUGAAUCUUUCCAGUAACCAUCUUGAGGGAACAAUACCUCGAGGGAAACAGUUUGAUACAUUUUCAAAUGAUUCCUAUGAGGAAAACAUGGGGCUAUGUGGAUUUCCAUUGUCAAUUCAAUGCAACAACAAUGUCCCUCAACAGCAAUAUCCAUCUUCUGAGGCUGAAGACAAGUUUGGAUUUGGUUGGAAACCAGUGGCAAUAGGAUAUGCAUGUGGAAUGGUAUUUGGAAUUGGCUUGGGAUGCUGUGUUUUUCUCAAUUGGAAAACCUCAAUGGCUUGUGAUCAUCUUUGGAGGCAAAAGAAUUAA